GGAGUAUCGUGCUUGGCAUUCAUUAAUAAAAGCUGCAGGUGGCACAAAUAUAACACCAUUUAAUAAAAAGGAAUCACUGGAAACAUUAUUUAUGCUUUAUGAUAAAGGAUUCCUUUCUCCUACUCCAUCUCCAAGUGAACCAAUAUGUGACCUAGAAACAUGUAACAAUGCUCAACAGUUUGCUAAAAGUAUUUCUGAUGCCAUAGAUGCAAACAAAAAAGGAUUAGAAGGAAAACGUAGAAUAUUAUCAAUUGUGGCAGAUAAUUUUACUUUAGAAGAACUUAGGAAAUCAAAUAUAAAUGUAGCAAAGCAUACAUUAUGUGAAGCAAGAAAAUUUGUGAGAUUAAAUGGUCCAGGAUGCCCUCCUAUUGAAAAACCACAAAUUCAUCAAAACCGCUUUUCGGAAGAAGCAAAAAAACAAUUUGAGAAGUUCUUUUCAGACAAAUCAAUUGUAAAUAUGAGUUCUUACAAGGUUGAUCCUGAAUCGAACCUUCCAGUGCUAUAUCUUAAGGAUACAAAAAAAGUGCUUUGGGAUAAGUAUUCUGUAACAUAUCCAAAUGGAAUCAAGCGAUCUUCUUUCAUGACACAAUUAAAAAGUCAGAGGUUUCAGUAUAGAGAAGACCUUGGAGGACUAUGUUCAACCUGUUGCUAUUAUGGUUACAAUGUUUUUGAAGAUCUAAUACAUUUAGUUUCAAAUAAUCUUGAUGGAGAGUUAAAGAUCUCACAUGCGAUCAAAAGAUUUGUGAGUUUGGGAAAUGACUUAUCAACAGGUGAAGAUAUUGAAAAAAGUAUUGGAAAUCUCCAAGGGACAUCAGUAGCACAUAUUGAACCAAAGAGGAAUGUUGGAAAAAUUGUAGAUACAAUUACUGGGGUAUCUAAGUGGUAUUCUUGGAAGUGGCCAAUUGAUGAGGAAUCUAGUGGAUCUAUAUAUGCUCAUGAAUUACCUAAUGUAGGUGAUUGGACCAAAUUUUCACCUACAGAAGUAAACAGAUUAAUUAAACAACAAUUCACAAAACCUGAACCAAUGUGUACAUUACAUUCCAUUCCAAGAAAUAAAUGGACUGUGCCAACUCCUGAUGCAACAGUAAAUGAUGAUGCUUCAAAUAUACCUGACCUCCUCCAAAGCUCUGAUUUUUCCCAUUGUGAUUUUUCAGAAGGGCAAUGCAUAGAAGAUAUAUUCCCACUUAAAUUAGGAUGGGCAAUUAAGGGGAAACAAAAAUUUGGAAAAAAAGGUUGUGGCAAAAGAAUGCCAAAAAUAAUUGUAGAUUUUCUUAAAUCUUACUUUCAUUCUGGUAAUUCUGAUAAAAGUCAAAGAUGUACACCAGAAUCAAUGCAUCAGAAACUUGUUGAAGAAGCAAAUAAUAAUUACUAUUUUAUGCCUGAACAAAUUCCAAAAGUGGAAACUAUUCGAAAUUGGAUAUCUAAAUAUUCAUCUGCAAUGAAGAAAGAUGCUUCUGAUAAGAU